AUGGCCGAAUACGCGGCGGCAGCCAUCGCGGCUCUGACAACAACAGCGGCCAUGGUCGGCAGCUCGACGGCACACAGGCAGCAGAUAUAUAGAGGAUACAACGGCAUCGAGAACUCGCCCUGGCAGCGCCGUCCCCCGUUCACGAGCACGUCCCUUCGACGUGCAAGCGCUUACUACGGGCAGUCAUUAUACUGUCCGCCCGGCUUACACGAGCACCUUGUGCAUCACGCCGAGUGCCCGGCCUCGCAAUGUCACUACAGAGCUUUCGUAUGCCCCCUUCUCUUAUUCUCUCCUAUAUUUUCUCAAGCCUAUUCCCUACAGCCCCCCCUUAAUAACUUUACUAAUGCCUGUUUCCCACCGACACAGCUCAUGGAUUCGAUCCAGCGAUACAACGAAGCCAGGCGAGCCCUACGAGAAACAUACGUGUGGAACCUACGGGAGUUAGCACGCGUACAUGCGGCACAGCCGCGCAAGCCGGCCAUUGACAAGGCCGCCGAGGCCGAUCGCCUCUACAAUUACUACGUCUCGCGGGUCCGAGACGUCUUCGAAGAGCAUCGCUGUGAUCACCGCCGGUUAUUUGGCCAGGACUACUUAUAUUGGGCGCAGCCUGAGCGUGAGGACCAUAUCAGGUCACUGUUACGCGGCCGAACGAGAAGCAGGAUUGCUAGUCGUAUUGAAAGUUCUAGUAACGACACUAGCGGCAAUAGCGAGAAGCAAGGUAUUAAUUCCACUAACACUGAGGAUAUGAAAGGAGAGGAAGGUUCGGAAUGCGUAGAAGAAAACUCGGGGAACAAAGAGAACUCAGUCGGAGGCACAGGGGACAGAGUAACAUAAUUUCCUUUUUCCUUUCUAUUCUGCUUUUCGGCAAUACUAUUAAACGCCUUCGCAACAUAAAUGCCAAACCUCGCAUCGCAUCCAGGGCAGACGGGACGGGGGAUUCUAGAACCUAAUACAAGCAAGCCUAGCUAGUGUAGCUCCGGGACGGGCAGGGAAUAGUACAAAACGGAAGAGGACCCGUGUCUAAUACAUACCAUCACUACCAGCAUCCCCUUAUUAGAUAU